UUGCAAGGCCUCCCUCCUCUUUCUUUUUCCUGGUUUUCUGCCUCUCCAUUCCAUGGAUCAGACUCGUAUUUUGGCCUGGAACUGUCGAGGUCUUGGAGAUACUUCUGCGAUUUCAGAGUUGAAGAAACUCUGUUUCCAACAUAAGCCCAGCAUCAUCUUCCUCUCCGAAACAAAGCGCACAACGAUGGAGAUGACCUCGAUCCGCCCAGAUCUAGGUUUUGAUCAGUGUUUUGCUGUUGAUUGUGUAGGAAGGGGGGGCGGCCUCGCUAUGCUCUGGCGUGACGAUUUUAGUUUAACUAUUUCCACUUUUUCCCAAUCUCACUUAGAUGUGGAAAUUGUUGAUCCGGGUGAGGGUAAAUGGAGACUCACAGGGUUCUAUGGACGUCCGGAGGCUGCUCGAAGAAAGGAAUCAUGGACCCUGUUAAAAUCACUCAAGGCUGCCUCUUCUCAACCGUGGCUGUGCUUAGAGGCUUUAAACUUCUGCGACUUUAAAGAAAUGGGUUUCAAGGGUCCUCAAUUUACUUUUAUAAGGAAGAUGCAUGACACUAUCAUCAAGGAAAGACUAGACAGAGUUUUGAUGAAUCCGGGAUGGUCGGGGAUGUUUCCGGGUGCUUUCUCCCAUCAUUUGUUGGCACUGAAAUCGGAUCAUGCUCCAAUACUGGUGAUAGCAACAAAAACAAUGAAUGGUUUUCAACAUAAAAGAACUAAGCUGUUUCGAUUUGAGAACUAUUGGAUCAAGGAUCCCGACUGUGAAGGAAAAAUUAAGGAUGGCUGGAAGACUGUAGAACGAGACACAAACAUGUCCCGAGUGUUGUCAAAAAUUGCAUCAUGUGGUUCCCUCCUUAUGGACUGGAGCCAACACAAAUUCGGCAAUAUACCGGAAAGAAUUAAAUUGUUGCAAAAUGAACUCUUGAGUGCUCGAAAUGGUUCAGCACAUGACAACAGUUUAGGGAGGAUGGAAGCAUUAGAACAGGAACUCAAUGAUUGGCAACGACGAGAAGAGGUCUUAUGGAAGCAGCGCUCAAGGGUACAAUGGGGCUCUCUUGUAACAGAUAAAACAGGGGUAGAAGGACUCUGCAUUAAGUAUUUCAGAGAUUUAUUCACUUCCAAAUACACUGGUCCAAAUUCCAGCAUCCUUAGCGCAUUACAAGGGAGAGUUUCGCCUUUGAUGGCAAAUAACCUUGAUAGAGACUUUACUAGUUCUGAAGUUCUUGUUGCCUUGAAACAAAUCCAUUCUUCAAAGGCCCCAGGACCUGAUGGGAUGAAUGCCAAUUUUUAUAAAAAUUACUGGCAUAUUAUAGGAGGGGAUAUCAUAUCAAUUGCGCUGAACUUCCUUAAUAAUGGGUUAUGGCUUAAAUCGAUCCUACCGCAUAUUAUAUCAAAUAAUCAGAGUGCUUUUGUUCCUGGGAGAUUAAUCUAUGACAACAUCAUGGUAGCCUUUGAAGCCAUCCAUCAUUUGAAAAAUAAAAAGGUUGGUCGGAGAGGGCAUAUGGCUGUCAAACUUGAUCUUAGCAAGGCUUUCGAUAGAGUAGAAUUGAAUUUCUUAGAGGACACUAUGCGAGCAAUGGGUUUUCCUGAGCGGUGGAUUAACCGUGUCAUGACGUGUGUUCGCACUGUGGAAUACUCCGUCUUGAUCAAUGGGUGUCCAACAAAGAAAUUCACUCCAAGUAGGGGUAUAAGGCAAGGAGAUCCCCUUUCCCCGUUCCUCUUUCUCUUAUGUGCUGAAGGAUUAUCAGCUCUAUUAUCAAGGGCUAUCAGAAGAGGGGAUUUAAAGGGAUUGACUUGGUGCCGAGGAUACCCUUGCCUAUCGCAUUUGUUUUUUGCUAAUGACAGUUUGUUGUUUGGAGAAGCGUCUGUCCAAGAAGCUACAAGGCUGUUGGAAAUCUUGAAGGAAUAUGAGGGGGUUUCUGGUCAGCAAAUUAAUCUUGACAAAGCUAAAUACUUUCCCAAUGGAGAUUUAUUGGGAGCCUCUGUAGGAGCUAAAGCUUCUAUGGUCUGGCGAGGGGUUGUUGAUGGUCUUGGUAUUCUUAAACUGGGUUCCACUUGGCGAAUAGGCACUGGACAAGACAUCAGACUCUGGAGGGACAACUGGUUGCCUUCUGGAGCUAUCCCUCGGCCACAGUCCGCUCUUAUCCAACAGGACAUGGAUGAUAGGGUCAGUGCUUUCAUAGAUGUCAAUACCGGUUGCUGGAAGGAAGGAGAUGUUCGUCAACAAUUCUGUGCAGAAGAUGCAGAGAGCAUUCUACACAUCCCCCUUAGUAGAAGUUGCUCAGUUGAUAGAUUAAUAUGGCUUGGGACCAACAAUGGCAAAUUUUCAGUUAAAUCUGCUUACAAAUAUGCUUGGGAGUUGAUCUUUGGCACUCAGCACCACGCUCAUGAUCAAAUACUGAAACCAGUUUGGAGAUCAGUCUGUUUUGCUCGUAGAGCCUUGAAUGAGAUAGCCCAUAGAAUAGCACAUAUGCAUUCCCCAUUACCACCUUGGGAAGGGGUUUGGGUAGGCACUUUACCCUCAGCAAUUGGUACUGAUCUGGUUUCUUAAGCAAUAAAAUUUAUUUUUCUAU